CAUUCGAAAACUUGCACGGCGAGCGACGCCGUGGAGGAGAAAGACAACGCAGCGAACAAAACACACAAUGGCGACGGCGGCGACAACGGCAGGCGGAACGGGCUCAGGCGGACCGGCCACCGGCCCGGUCGGCGGCGGGACUGCAGUGGGUAGAAAGAAGGACGGCGGUCCGUCUACGAAAUUCUGGGAAAGUUCAGAAACGAUAUCCCAGUUCGAGACGGUGCGGCAGUGGAUCGGAAAACACUACAAGAAGUAUGUCCAGAAUGACUCCCCCUCCAGUAAAUCCUUGGCGGGCCUGGUUGUCCAGCUGCUGCAGUUCCAGGAGGACGCGUUUGGACGCAGGGUCAACAAUCCUGCUCUUACCAAGCUACCUGCCAAGUGUUUCCUGGAUUUCAAGGCAGCAGGGUCUCUCUGUCACAUCUUGGGGUCUGUCUACAAGUUUAAGAGCGAGCAGGGGUGGCGUAGAUUUGACCUGCAGAAUCCUUCCCGGAUGGACAGGAACGUGGAAAUGUUCUUAAAUGUAGAGAAGAACUUGGUCCAGAACAACUGCUUGACUCGACCCACCGUCUUCCUGUCGCCGGACAUCGACCAGAAACAAGCCAGUAAGCUCAAAGACAUUAUCAAAAGGCACCAGGGCUCCAUUACUGAUGACAAGUCAAAGGCCACCCACCACAUUUACCCCUCUGCUUCCCAACAAGAAGAAGACGAGUGGCUUCGUCCUGUCCUGAGGAAAGACAAACAGGUGCUGGUUCACUGGGGUCUCUCCCCAGACAGCUAUGAUACCUGGGUAUCGGCAGGCGAGGUGGAUGGGGACGUGGAGGACCCACCCAGCAAUGACAGACCAUGGAAGGUCCAUGCAAAGUGGGUUUUAGACACUGAUGCAUUCAAUGAGUGGAUGAAUGAAGAAGACUACGAGGUGGACGACAACAAGAAGCCAGUCAACUUCCGCCAAAGGAUCUUUCCCAAGGAGGAGGAGUCUUCCCGUACACCCGAUCGCAAGGAGCGCAAGGCCAACUCUGCCAGCAAGAAGAGGAGGCGCUCACCCUCUCCGCCCAGCACCCCUGCUGAAUCCCGCAAGAAGGGAGGAAAGAAGGGGAACCCAGGGCCUCACUGGAAGCGGCGGGGCCACAGAGGCGAAGAAGAGGACACUGAGGAGGACAUGACUAAGGACAUGGACGACUCCUCAGCUGGUGCCAGCAUGGAGGAGGGCAGCGUGUCCAAGAAUGCAAGUUCAAAGAAAGACAGUGAGAAUACUCCGGUGAAAGGAGGGAAUAUGGCCGACUUGGAUGACAUGGAGGAUGGCUCUGUGAUGUCUGGUGGAAAGGAUGAUGAGGAGCAGGGCAAAGCUGAAAUCAACCGACUGAUGGACGCGAGCGAGGACAACGUGACUGAACAGACUCACCACAUCAUUAUCCCCAGCUACGGCGCUUGGUUUGACUAUAACUGCAUCCAUGAGAUUGAGAGAAGAGCCCUGCCCGAGUUCUUCAACGGAAAGAACAAGUCCAAAACUCCAGAGAUAUUCCUGGCCUACCGUAACUUCAUGAUCGACACAUAUCGGCUAAACCCUCAGGAGUACCUCACCUCCACCUCCUGUCGCAGGAACCUGACCGGGGAUGUCUGUGCCAUCAUGAGGGUUCAUGCAUUCUUGGAGCAGUGGGGUUUAGUGAACUACCAGGUGGACUCUGAGAGUCGCCCAUUGCCAAUGGGCCCCCCACCCACACCCCACUUCACCGUGCUGGCUGACACACCAUCUGGCCUCAUGCCCCUGAACCACAGACCCCCACCGAUUCCCCCUCAACAGCCAAUGCCCAACUUUGCAGACAAAUGCAAAGACAAGUCCAUCGACCUGCAGAACUUCGGCCUCCGCACCGACCUCUACAACAAGAAGAAUCUCAAGAGUAAAGCUGUCAACUCCAUCAGAGAUUGGACCGAGCAGGAGACUCUGCUGCUGCUGGAGGCUCUGGAGAUGUUCAAAGACGACUGGAACAAAGUGUCGGAGCACAUCGGUUCACGCACCCAGGACGAGUGUAUCCUGCACUUCCUGCGGCUGCCAAUUGAGGAUCCAUACAUGGAGAGCACUGAGGCCUCCCUGGGCCCUCUGGCCUACCAGCCCAUUCCCUUCAGCCAGUCUGGAAACCCCGUCAUGAGCACAGUCGCCUUCUUAGCCUCUGUGGUCGACCCCAGAGUGGCGUCUGCUGCCGCCAGGGCAGCCCUAGAGGAGUUCUCACGUGUGCGUGAAGAAGUGCCGGCUGAGUUGGUGGAGGCUCACGUGAAGAAGGUGCAGGAGGCGGCGAGGAGCACGGGGAAGGUGGACCCCGCCUUCGGCCUGGAGAGCAGUGGCAUCGCUGGCACCGCCCCUGAGGAACCAGAAAAGACUGAAGCCCCAGAGGCAGAGAAGGUAGACACGGACACAGACUCCCAGCAGGCCGAUAAGGCGGAGUUGAAGGACGAGGCAGAGAAGCCCAGCGAGUCUGCAGAGAAGAGUGACAAGACGGAGGCCGCAGACAAGGUGAAGAAGGAGGGAUCGGAGUCGUCGGAGCGCGAGGAGGAGAACGAAGAGGGAGGGGAGGCCAAGACAGCUCCAGCAGACAAAGACAAAGAGGAGGCUAUGGAGACGUCGUCCUCGGAGCAAGAGAAGGAGGAGAAGACGUCUACAGAUGAAGGAGAGGAAAAGAGGAAGAAACUGGAGCACGACAUCGGAGAGGGAAACAUUGCCACCGCGGCCGCAGCUGCCCUGGCAUCUGCUGCCACCAAGGCCAAGCACUUGGCUGCAGUGGAGGAGAGGAAGAUCAAGUCCCUGGUGGCUCUGCUGGUGGAGACCCAGAUGAAGAAGCUGGAGAUCAAGCUGAGGCACUUCGAGGAGCUCGAGACCAUCAUGGACCGAGAGAAAGAGGCUUUGGAGCUUCAGCGACAGCAGCUGCUCACCGAGCGCCAGGCGUUCCACAUGGAGCAGCUCAAAUACGCCGAGAUGAAGGCGAGGCAGCAGAUGGAGCAGCAAGCGGCUGCUGCGGCUGCCGCUGCUGCCCAGGCUCAAGGACAGGGGCAGGCUCCUGGAUCUGGACCCCACUCCGGGCCCCCUUCAUCGGGCAUGCACCCUGGAGGGCCCCCUCCACACCAUGGACCACCUGUGCACCACGGAGUGGCCCCACCCGGUGCUGUCUUGCACCACGGCUACCCCUCGAUGGGUCACCACCCCAUGGGCCCGAACCACCCGGGACAGACUGGACCGAUGGGACCAGGCCAGCCGAUGCCGGGACGUAUGAUGCCCGUCCCGCCCUCCGCCGGCCCCCCUCCUGGCGGCAUGCCUCCCAUGAUGCCCCCACGCCACCCGGGAGCUCCCAACGGCAUGUACCCCGGCCCACAACCUGCACAGCCUGAAGCGGUUCCUCCAGUUCCUGUGGGUCCUCCAGCGCCCGCGAGUGGACGAGUGGCUGACAACUAAGACCUACACACACACACACACAGAGACACACACACACACACACACACACACACACACACACACACACACACACACAGAACUAACGCUAUCUCAAAACACCUUUUUGAUGGCCUUUGCUACUGGCUCUGCAUAUUUCCCUCAACACUCAAAACUACCAUAAAUUUAAAUCACAGAAUACACACACACACACACUCAGGGUUCAGUGGCAAGGGUAACCCAAUUUUCCACACACACACACACACACACACAUACACACACAUCCAGACUUCCUCUCAGGGCACAGUGGCAAGGGUAGUCUCGUAAUAAACACUGUUUUCUGCUCUGUCGGGCCGGAUGGGUUCUGGAGAGAAUGACUGUACAGAAAACAAAACAAGGCGAGAGAUCAGAUAAAAAAAACAAACAUUCUGUCUUAUCUUUUUUCUCUUUCCAUUACCGUUUUAAAUAACACUGUAACCCCCCCCCCCCCCCCCCUCCUAUCUCUCUUUAACGCACACACACACACACACACAUCUUCUUGUCUGGUGCCUCUUUCUGCAAGCCAAACACUAGGGGGAGCUCGAGAGAAACAUGCAGAGGUGUGUGUGUGUGUGUGUGUGUGCUGAGCAACCUGGGCUGUAACACACACAAGAGGCUUAGCAGGGUGUUCACAUAAUGAUAUGAAUAAAACACACACACACACACACACACACAGGGGACCCAGCCUGCCCUCGCUCUUGUCUUGUCGAGUAUCUACCUCUCACUCCUCUUCAAAUGAUACACUGUAGUUCUGUGUGUGUGUCUGUCUGUGAAUGUGUGUGUGGGUGUUUCAUGGCAGGUUCACUCGCCUGCCUCCUCUGACCAAAGUUUGUGUCUCUUCAGUAAUCAUCGCUUUUUUUAUUGGAGACUUUUGCAUUAAUGUGUUGAGAUACAGAAAUAAUUUCCACUUUUAUAAAAUAAAGAUACAAACGAGGCGCGUCGAUGGACAACAAAACAAAACGGGUUUUUCAGGACAUUGUCUAGUUCUUCUAAAAACACUUUGUCAAAUAUUUGACAGAAACCGAUUCAUUUUCAACAACUCGCAUUAAACGACCAAAACCAUCAAAGUUGACGUUGGACACAUUACAGCUCUGUGGUUGCUUUUGACUCUUUGACUGGAUUUGUUGACGAUAAGGAAAAUAUACAAUAUCGUCAGAUUUAUCUUUCACACAUUAACAGCAAAAGUCUCAGAUCUCGUUGGGCACAAACCGAGGCUCAGUCGGACGUCAUUCCUCCAUCCACACACCAAUCACAGCACUGUAACACACACACACACACACACACACAGAAAUGUGAGCUGAGGCUCACACUGGAGGCUGUGUGCACGACUUGGCCAGACCCUGCACUGGACCCCCCCCCCAUCCCUACACACACACACACACACACGUGGUAAAACACACAUACACAUAAUCUCCUGCUGACCUUCACACAGCCUUUACAGAGAGGGAGACGCUGUGAUGCGGCUCGACUGAAACAUCAUAACAUGAAUGACGCUCUUCCUCAGCGCGGUGGACUUCUAGAUGUUUCUUUGGUGCUGAUACUGUAGCGAUUACCCCCCCCCACCCCCAUCCUCUGCUCACAAUUAUCCAACGCCUAGUGCUGCCUACCUCGCUAACCCCGCCUCUCACACGCGCGUCUCCACGCACGGCCAUUUGUGCUUUUGGUCACUAGCCACGGGAAGACUAAGCAAUAUUCUCAUUGUAUCUACAUAUUCGUGGUCGCCACACUGAAAAACACGGCGCUAGCAAAAACAAGCAAUCAUGAUUUCACAGUUUAGGCCUCAAAUUGUGUGUCCCGUGAUUAAAAAGGUGCAUAAAUAGAAUAACUAGCAAAUGUUUAUUUAUUGAGCUGGAAGGAUUUAGUGGAGCGACAGGAAGUUGAUCUGGAACUAGUUUAGUGAUCGUGUCUUUAGUUCUUCAGAUGUGAAUAUUUGCUGAGCGUCUUUGUCCUGUAUGUUAAACUGAAUAUUUGAAGACGUCACCGUGAGCUUCAGGAGUUUGUACGAGGCGCGUCCCCCGUCUGACUUUGUCUCGACUGAAAUGGGGGUUAAUUCAUUGAGAAAAGAAUCCGACCGUUUCCUUUUCUUUAAAGUUGAUUUUAAGUUUUAAAGCAGAUAUUUUGUAUGUUUGCUUGAUGAUGAAAUAUUUAGAUUCAAAAAGAAAGGACCAUGUGACCAGAUCGUUUUGUUUUCAGCCCUACACAAAUCUGAAAAGUUAAAAUUCAAGUGUAACGUGCAGAUUGGCUUAAAUUAAGAUCUGAACUCGAGCGGCUUUACUCUCCUGCUCUCGCUACUCGCUGCAUCUUUCUUCAGUCCACACAGGUUGAUGAUAAGCUCUAAAUAAAGUCGUUUUAAUGUGAAGUCUCGACUCGAACCACUCCUCUCCUCCUUCGCUAGCACUGUUGGUGUCUCUGCUACCUCUUCCUCGUUCAUCCGCUAGCUACCUCUUCUAGAAAUCUUCCUCUCGCUGUCUGCUACCUCUCUGCGCAUCCCUUUGCUACCUCUCGUUCCCGUUUCCUUUUCUUUUUUAUCUCCUCUUUUUGUCCUGCCCACGUGACCGCUGCAUCGCUGACUGUUACCCUCUUCGUCUGUUGGAAGAAGAACACGCGUACGGUCAUUCACUCUCGCGCUCAUUCACCUCGCCCUCCUUGCCCAUUCAACAUCUUACAGGCUUGUUAUGUAAUAUCACUUAAUAUGACGGGGAUCCCCUAACGUAUAUUAUCUUUAAUCGAUACUCUGUGUUAAUGGUAAUGUAUUUUUAAGGAGAAGUUUUGUGUAGAUGGAAGUUAUCUUUUGUUCUUUGGAAGUUUGUAGCAUUUUGUUUUUCUUUCUUUCUUUUGUAUGGGGUCUGUUGGUACUUGGACCUAGACACUGAAUAAACUGUGUUUUGUAUGAG